AUGUCAGACUCUGGGACAGCCUCAGACCAAGAGUCUAUGCAGCCUGAGCCAUCUCUCACUCAACUCAAGAGGGGCCUUUUCAUUACCGAUCCCACGACUGAAUUCGCAGAACAAUCGCACUUAUCCUAUCUUAUACCGGAAGAUACAAACCUGGACCUGGAAUCAGCUUUCAAGGAUGUUGAGCCUGGAAAGUCAAUACUCGAUUCGAUCAAGCGUCGGGAUGCAUUGUUCUUUGAUGAAACGGUCAAUGUUCUUUUAUUGCUCAAGAGCCCUUGGAAAGAUGAAGCAUCUCUUCGUACUCACCUCAAUCGGCUAGUGAUAUCAGUCGAGGCCCAGAUAGUCAACAGCAAAACACAUGGCAAGGAGAAUUCCACCUCAGAGACCGUCUUCUCAGGCACAGUUCCAGAUAUUGAUGACCCUUUCAUCAUUGUCGAUGGAGAAGACGAAGAAGACGAAGACGACGAAGAAGAAGAAAGUGACGAUGAGGAAAAAAGUCAGAGUGUAUUUGCUGCUUGGAAAUUGCCCGUCUUUUUGAGUCGACCUCGUUCACGGAUUUCCUCACCUACCAUCAUCUUCACCGCAUCUGCAAGCCUCAAACCCGAAGUUUCAACUGAUUUGAUAGGGAAGGGGAGCGGUUACCUUCAGAGCGGAGUCCCUUCUGGCUUCAACCUGCUCGAGUCCUUCGGUAGUGACGCUGCACUCGGCGGAGUGAAGCCGCGACUAUCUGCACUACGUGUAUCGAGAGUGACGCCCGUCACGCGCUCACAAGACGUGACAAAGCACAUACGUGCCUUGCCACAAGUUGAGCACAAAAUCUUUCCCAUUGCUCACACAAGAAUCCGUUUCUCGAGGCCGACUACGGCGCCAACCAGCUCAGCUGUAAUUGCCCUGCUCGAAGUUGACUUUACGUCUCAUUUCGAAUGCGAGGUUUCGUUAGACCAGAUCGACCUUUCGAUCCUUGAUGCCACCGUUGAAAACCUCAACAACGAUGCGGCCAUGGAACUGCCUCUCACAUGCGUAUCUCACGACCACGUCACGUUCCUCUACCGCAUUGCUCCCCGCGAGCAUGACGUUACGGUCAAGAAUCCCAUGCGAGAACUCGACAUCAAGAUCUCUGCCACCGCUCAGAUUAUUCCUGGCCGUUGCAUGCCUGGUAUGGCCAUGUCAUGGACAACACAACUUGACUUUACCCUUCCGGUCAAUCCAGGCUACGGCUCGGCAACCGCUGGGACUGGCAUCGUCCGCGCCCAUCGUCCGUCCCAGCUCUCCAUUACUGGUCAGGCCGUGCAUCCUCUUAUAUCACCAUCCAUCAGUCGUCCAGAUGCCCUCCCCAGCCUUGAGGCUGCCACAAGCAAUACAGAGGCGUCCGUCACGGAACUGGGUAUUACCAUGACCUUCACAGGUCCAUCCGAGCCUGUUCAUCCAGGUCAAGUCUUUUCCUGGACUGUCUACAUAGUUAAUCGCGCUACGGACAAGGCCUCAGCGCCUGCACGGAAGCUUGCACUGGUUGCAAUCCCUAAACGAAGGCGAGGCGAGGUCCGCAUGACACGGCCGCCUUCGGUUGGAGGUCGAAGGCGAGGCGAAAAGGAUAUUGCUGAUGCGGUCACUGACGAGAACGUGCUCCACGCCUUGCAGAAGAAUUCUUCCGUUGAGUCUACUGAUGUUGUAUGCUUGAGCGCCGACACUCGUGUUGGUCCUCUCGCAGCAGGAGCCUGCCACGUAGUCGAGCUUCAAUUCCUGGCGCUGCAAGAAGGCGUUGUAGGUUUGGAGGCGAUGCGUGUAGUCGACCUGGGAUCACAGGAACACGUCGACAUUAGAGAUCUGCCCACUAUGAUAGUAGAGCCAGCGGCGGCAUAA